CUCCCGCCACCAUGGACGUCUCCGAAAUCCUAGCCUCCCAUGAAGCCCGACAAAAGCUGAACGUUGUCGAGAAGGAAAUUCCUCUCGUAAUUGAUGCAGGUUACCUCACCGUGACCGACCUGAACCCAGUAGACAAGGAAAGCUACGAAGAAGACACGGAAGCCUACCUCUUAGCCACUGCGCGUGACGGCGUCCAGGCCCUCUUCUCGACGCUCUCCGCCCUCCCCACCGUACCCUCGCCUUACGGGCCUCUCACGCAGCUGCCCCCACCGACGACCGAGCUUCCACGCGCGAAGCCGUUGCCCAAGCCAAAACCCCCGACGAAGUGGGAGCAGUUCGCGAAGGCGAAGGGCAUCCAGAAGAAGCGCAAGGACCGCAAGGUGUGGGACGAGGAGAAGCAGGAAUGGGUUAAUCGCUGGGGAUGGGGCGGUAAGAAUAAGGAGGGCGAGGGGGCGUGGCUCUCGGAGGUUAAACAGGGGGCCGAGGUAGACCACGACCCUGCCCAAGAACUCCGCAACUCGCGCAAAGCGCGGGUAGCCAAGAAUGAGCGGCAGCAACUCCAAAAUCUAGCCCGGGCCCAGGGCUCGUCAUCGCAAGCGCCCGAACGUGAAGAACGUAAAAAGGAUAUCGACCGCACCCUGGCCACUACGCGCAUUAGCACGGCCAGCAUGGGACGGUUCGAUAGGCAGCUGGAAGGCGAGAAGAAGUUAAAAGGCGUCAAGCGGAAAUUCGAGCCGAACGAACGGUCCAUUGAGGAAGAGAAGAAGAACUCGCUGGCUAUCAUCUCCAAGUUAGAGAACGAAUCCAAACGAGCAAAGAAGGAGAAGUCGGGCGGAGACGAGGUGCUCAACGUUCGCAAGGCAAUCAGGAGCGCGAGCGGCGGGAAGGGGAGCGCCGCCCUGACGAGGAAUUCAUCAAAACCGAAAGGCAAGAAAGGAAAACGGUAGUCUCUCGGCGCCUUCGCCUGGCCUUGUUACUUCAUCGCGGUCUCCUUGCACCACUUCUGCUGUUCGUGUUCAAAACACUGUCAUUGCUGGAUGCAUAGGUGUAGGUACAUGCUAAAUACAAUACAUGUAUGCAUUGAGAAGUCGGCUGCGCCCGAAAGUCCUCAGUCAGCCGGCAACCUAUUUAAGUCUGCCUUGCCCUCCUCAAUCCACUCCUUCUUGACCAGCUGUUCCCGAUCAUUAUAAUAUAGCCUGUACACCAGCUUGAUCGUACUCUCGCUGACACCCGCCACCCCAACGAUGUCCUUGAUGGGCUUCUGUAGGCCGAGCAGGUGAACAGCAAAAUAGAUCGCCCCUCCUGCAAUGGACACGGGACUACGGCCGACGGCAAUACCGCGGUCGCGCGCGACCUGAAUGAUAUCCUUGCAUAUGCCCUGGACAUUGGGCGGGAGUGCAAGGUGAUUGCAGUAUCGGAUAAGGAGGUCUUCGGGGUUGGUGGUAGUCGUACCAGGCCCCGCCUGCCCGUGCUUAUUCGCGGACGCGCCCGGGGUGAGGUUGAAUGCCUGUUCGAGUGCCUUAUAGCACUGGCCGAGCACCUUCUUCGAGACCUUCGUAAGGUUGCAGAUUUCACGGAACGUCCGUGGGACGUGGGCACGCCGGCAAGCAAUAAAGAUGCAUGCUGCAAUGACAGCAUCGAGAGGCUUGCCCCGCAAAAGCUUCUCUUCAUCUGUGCGCUUAUAGAGCUGCUUCGCGAUAUCGGAGAUGGUUUUUGGGAGGGAGAACUGGUCGCACCACGAGGCAAUGUCGCGGAAAGCUGUGACGAGAUUGCGCUCGGAACGCGAGUGUUGAGAACGAGAGGCGGCACGCUGAAGCUCCUUUGCAAUGCCAGAGCCGCCAUCGCGAAAAGAUAUCAUGGUGUCGAGCUGUUCCAUACCCUCCAUGAGAGGGUCGGAAGCCGCACCGACACGGGAGGGGUCGUCGCCUUCGUCAUUCGCGAACGUGCGCCAUUCACUCCUCGUGUCCACGAUCCUGUCACCCAAGACGAGACCGCAAGUGCCACAAACAAGGUCUCCACUGGCAAACUCCUCAAUGAUAUUUGGAUUUGGAUCCUUGCACUCUGGACAGAUCAACCGCACUGCGAGGUCAGGACCGAAAGCAGGUUGUGCGGGUUGGGGUGGCGCAUGUGUGGCCGCAAGGGGGAAAGGUUGAGAAUAAGACAUAUUAGGUGAGUCUUGUUAAGACGACGAGUGAUCUAGGCUAAGAAAAUAGGAUAUAUGCGUGCUGGACAAGUGAAUGACCAGUACUGGUAUUGACGCUGUUGGCGAUGGCCACAAAACUAAGCAAAUAGCAGUAAUCUAUCAAUUGCCAAGGCAGCUAGCGAGUUUCAAGACCGGCAGGAGCGACGACAACGACGAUAAAGAAGCGUGGGCGGCGUCUGCGAUGGUGGUCGG